AUGUCAAGAGACCUGUACAAUUUGCCAAAAUAUAAAUGCCUAUCCUGUAUACAAUCCUAUUUUUAUGACUAAAAGAAGGAAAGAUGUUUAGAGAGGAAAUAAUAUGAUGAGUCAAAAGGAUUGUAUUAUGAUGAUAUUAAAAAUAUACGUGUUACAAAAUGUGGAGAUCAAAAUUAAAGCUAGUGA